AAGUGGUAAAGGAAACUUGCUGAGUCGUUUUCUGAGAAGAGACCAUAUUUGUUCGCAGAGGAAGCUGUUGCUUUCUGGGAUCAGGCUACAGCAGAAAGGACGUCUGCUCCAACGAGGCUUUUCCAGAGAGUACCUGGGAGUUGGAAGAGCCAAGGACGCCUCUGUGCUCUGGAUUUGGGGUUCUCUGUCCAUGGGCGCAACAGCCACACGCAGCUCGUGAGCAGCCAUGGCAUUCAGGAACGUGCCCUUUCGCUCCGAGGUUCUGGCCUGGGACGCCGACAGCCUCGCAGACUAUUUCAAGAAGCUCAACUACAAGGACUGUGAAAAGGCCGUGAGGAAGCAUCACAUCGACGGGCCAAGGUUUUUGAACCUGGCAGAGAAUGACAUCCAGAAGUUCCCUAAGCUCCGGGUGCCGAUUCUAAGUAAGUUAAGUCAAGAAAUCAACAAGAAUGAAGAGAGAAGGAGCAUUUUCACACGCAAACCCCAAGUCCAGCGGUUUCCUGAGGAGACAGAAAGCCAUGAAGAAGACAAUGGAGGCUGGUCAUCCUUUGAAGAAGAUGACUAUGAGAGUCCCAAUGAAGAUCAGGAUGGGGAGGAUGACGGUGACUACGAAUCCCCUAAUGAGGAGGAGGCGGCGCCCAUGGAAGACGAUGCUGAUUAUGAGCCGCCGCCCUCCAAUGAUGAGGAAGCUCUGCAGAACUCCAUCCUGCCUGCCAAGCCUUUCUCCAACUCCAACUCCAUGUACAUAGACCGGCCGGCCUCCGGGAAGGCACAGCAGCCGCCGGUGCCCCCUCAGAGGCCCAUGACCGGCCCCCCUCCUCUGCCUGCUGGCCGCAAUCACACGCAGCCACUCCCCCCACCCCAGCCCAACCACGAAGAGCCUAGCAGAAGUAGAAACCACAAAACAGCAAAGCUCCCUGUUCCUUCCAUAGACAGAAGCACGAAACCGCCCCUAGAUCGUUCUUUAGCUCCGUUUGACAGAGAGCCCUUCACACUAGGAAAGAAACCAGCGAUUUCUGACAAGCCCUCGGCGCCAGCAGGAAGGCCUCUCGGGGAGCAUUUGCCCAAGAUACAAAAGCCCCCAUUACCACCGGCCACGGAAAGGCCCGACAGAGGCAGCCCCCUGCCAGGGAAGAAGCCACCUGUGCCAAAGCAUGGAUGGGGAGGAGACAGAAGAGAGAAUGAUGAAGAUGAUGUGCAUCAGAGACCCCUGCCCCCACCAACAAUGCUCCCCAUGAGCUCCAACACCUUCCCUUCAAGAUCCACCAAGCCCUCACCCAAGCACCCCCUCCCACCGACUCACAUGCCCGGAGCCUUCUCAGAAAGUAACAGUAGUUUUCCGCAGAGUGCCUCCCUGCCGCCAUACUUCUCUCAAGGCCCGAGCAACAGACCACCUCCCAGAAUCGAAGGCAGGAACUUUUCCUCACCAAUUCCAAACAAACCUCGGCCACCAUCCCCUGGGGAAGAUGAGAAUUCAUUAAAUGAAGAAUGGUAUGUUUCUUAUAUUACCCGAACAGAGGCAGAAGCUGCUCUCAGAAGGAUAAACCAGGAUGGCACUUUUCUGGUUAGAGACAGCUCUAAAAAAACAAUAACCAAUCCAUAUGUCCUCAUGGUGUUGUACAAAGAUAAAGUUUACAAUAUCCAGAUCCGUUAUCAGGAGGAAAACCAAGUCUACUUGUUGGGAACUGGACUCCGAGGGAAAGAGGACUUUCUGUCUGUGUCGGAUAUUAUUGACUACUUCAGGAAAAUGCCGCUUCUACUCAUUGAUGGAAAAAACCGAGGUUCCAGAUACCAGUGCACGUUAACCUAUGCUGCAGCUUAUCCCUAGCAAGCCAGCCAAGCAAAGGAACCUUACUCCUGCCUCUGAUGCCAGCAUGGGAAGAUCAGUCAACUGUGGUAAACCAUCAGACACUUGGGACUGAAUUGAACCCCUUAACAUGAAGAGUUUUGUCCUUUUGCUUAAAAAGUGUUUGAAAUGAAGACUGUCAGAUAUCCCAUAAUUUAUUUAUUCUUCUUCAAUGUUUAUAAAAUGCAUGAGUAAUAAUGUUCACACUUGAAGUGGAGUAGGGCACUGUAAUAAUUCAUUUUAAAAAGAUACCGUAUUUGUGAAUACCCAUUUCCAAGUACAUUAGUUUGCCCAGCUACACAAACAAUAUGGGGCAAGCUGAGCAACACUGAAAUGGUAAUAAUUUUGGUAACACAUUAAAAACUGAAUUUUUUAAAAUAGGCACUCCUUUGUCAAAGGCAAUCAUCAGUUUUAUAUGCACAAUUUGAAACUUAUACUAAAAUUCAGUUUCUAGGCAGCAAUAAUUUAAGAGGCUUCCAAAACAUUUCAUCCUUUCUUAUUUGUUUUUUUUUUUUUUUUUUUUUGCUGGGGGGAUUUUUGUGUACUUUUUUAUGAAAAAGAUAAAUGCAUGUCAGGAUAACUCCCUGGAAUUAAAAUUAAUUUGCCUUUUGCUUCACUUUUGAGUUCCUAAGACAACUUUAUUGACUUUACUUAGUUCUUACUUUUUUAUUUGUUUUAAAUCAAAUUUAAGAUACAAAUGCCCAAAGAAAACAUUUUAAAUUUAGAGAUGAGGCUUUGGUGUCAAAUUUAAGUUCAUCACAUCCAACACCCACAUCCUACCUCCACACCACCCCCCCAACCAAAUCCAAAAGCAUCAUCAAGUGAAAUAGAUUUUACUGAAGUCUUCCCAGGAAAAUGAAAGAACAAUGCAUAUAUACAUGGAAAAAUCUGAUCAGACUUUCCAAUUAGAUAGGUUUUUUUUUUUUUUUCCUGACAACUGUAAUAAAGCCCUUCUCUUCAUCCAUUCCCAAGAGGCUUUAUAAAUUCUUCAAAGCAAUUCAGUUCUUUCCUUCAACAUUCAUAUCUCACUUAACAAAAAGUAGGCACGUCACACAAUGAAAACCUCACAUUCAGUUAAGUUUUCCCUUUUGAGGCCUGGGUUGUUAUUCCACAACUUUUAUUAACAAUAAAAAUGUAUGGCUUCUCUGUUUAGUA